GCUGUGUGUAGUGCGCUAUGUAUGACAUAGUAUAGUCGAAUAAUCUACAGAAGAUCCAGUUUAUUUUUAACUCCAAGUUUUACCUUUUUAAAGUUAUGAUCAUGACCGUCACCUGAUUGAUUAUCAAAUGGAAUGGAUGAUGUACCAUGUUGUUAUUGUGCCUAUGAAGUGCCUUUCCGUGGAGUGUCUUCAGAAAAUCCUACAGGUCAUUUGUUAACUGCUGUUAGAAAUUCUGGAGAAAAACAAUUGUUUGGAAAACCGUUAGAUAAAAUUUUUCGUUAUGGAUGUUUUGAAGUUACACACAAUAAAUUAACAUUGUAUGGCAUUUUGAGUUUAUCAAAUUGGGAAGUUUUAUUUGUACCAUGUAUUAAUUUAAGUCAAAUAAAUGAAGAAGAAAUUGAUUCUAUUCGUCAAUUACUAUCACAAACACUACAUCGUACAGAACCAUAUUUCUAUCAUGCAUGGUUAUCAAAUCGUCCCGGUUGUAUAGGUUUCGGUAAAAUCGAUUGUCUCCUCAUACAAGAUCGACGUGAUCGUAUUUAUAAAUUUGAUCCAAUCCACAAUGUUUGGUUACGUUCAAUGAAUGGGCUGAAAUUAAAUUUUAAAAAACGUUGGUUAUAUGCUAGUAAAACGCUGCCACAUAUACCAACACGUCUUUUCAUAUUGACUACAGAUUUUGAAGUGUACACAUUUCAAAUUAAUUAUGACCAAUUGAAAUUAAUGAAAAUCUCAUCAAUUAUUUCACAAGAUUUAAAUAUAUUACGUAAAACUAUUAAAAAUAAUUUAAAUAUAUUUAUGAAUUUGUUAACGGCAAGAAUUUCACAUGUUCGUCAAUCGACUGGAUAUUUAUUAACGAAUGAAUAUGUAACUAGUAAUAGUAAUAAUAAUAAUAAUAGUAAUAAUAAUAAUAAUGAUAAUGUUAUUACUCAUUUGAAAACAUUAUUCAAUAGUCAACAACAAAUUAUGAAUAAUCAUCUUAAUAAUUCACAUCAAAAAUUAUCUGUAAAUAGAAGCUGUGAAAAUCAUUACAAUAGCUUUCAUCAAAGCUUGAAAAUGAAUCCUAUUGCUAAAAAGCAUAAUCUUUCAAUCAAUUGUACUCCAAUUAAUUCAUUGACAAGAUUAAAAUCCACUUGGUAUCAUCGAUUAAAAGGAAAUUAUACAAUUAUUGAUAAUAAAGAUUUUGCUUAUUGUCGUACAUUACCUUUAGAGAUACCGACAAUUGCAUUUAAAACUUCUGUUAUCAUUUUUCGUGAUUAUUUUGAAGGACAUCGAUUUCCAGUCUUGUCAUUUUAUUAUUCUAAUGUAUUAUUAAAUCAUCCAAAAACUUCUCAAUUAUACAAACAAUCACCACCACCACUGUAUUCAUUGUCUACCAGUACCAGUGCGACUACUACUACUACUACUACUACAAACUCCCCGGUAUGGAUAUUAAGAUCAGGCAAUGUAUUAACGAAUAUCAACUUGAAUCAAUUGAUCAAUUGUGAUGAUCCAUCAUUGUCCCCAUCGAAUCCACAAAAAUUCUUUUUAAAACAUAUUAAAUUAUUAUUUAGUAAUGAUUUAAAUGAAUUAUUUCAAGAUAAAACUAUGAUAAAAAUGAAAGAGAAAAAUUUUUCUGAAUUUUAUAUACCCUUUUUACAUGAAGAAGAAAAAGAAGAAGAAUAUGAUGAUCAUGAUGAUGUGUUGAUGACAUCAGACACUAGCGUUCAUCAUCAGCAUCAUCAAAAUGAUGCUGCUGCUGCAGUUCAUGUUGUCCAAUCCUCGGAAUCUAAUAAUUUUAUGCGUUUAUCUGCAUUUUUCACGGAAUUAUAUGAAAUCGAUCAACCUUAUGAUCAUUGGUUUAUACCAAAAUAUAAUUAUGUUAAAAAAUCAUGGUUACAAUUGAAACAUUUGAUACAAUUAUCACAAAUUCAUAUACCGAAUGUGGAGAUUUUUAAUGAAUUCACAAAUACUACUUAUAAUAAUGAUAGUAGUACUACUACUACUAAUAGUAGUAGUAUGAAUGAACAUGAUUCUUUCAUAAUUGCUAGUGAUUGUCAGUCGUUGAAUAAUUUUACGACUACCACUACUACUAAUACUACUAAUAAGACUAAUAAAAGUAAUAGUAUUCAUGAUAAUCUAUUUACUACCAAUUGGGAUACAUUAUCAUCGACAGAUUCAGUCAGCAGUGAAUAUAACAAUGAUAAACAUUAUCCACCUAGUCAGUUGUUAUUCCGUUCAAAAUCUAAUCAUCAUUUUAUGCUAGAAGAUAAACAACGUUUAUCAACAAUAAAAUCUAAUCAACAACAGCAUAAAUUAAACGCUCUAUUCAAUUUACAUAAGCAGACUAAUGUUGUUGAUAAAAGAAGUCAGAAAAAUAUUGUCAAUCAUUCUACUGAUGAUAACAGUACUACUCAUCAUCAUCAUCGUCCUAUUAGUACUAGUUUAAUUGGUCAAUCAUUUGGGAGAAAUUAUUCACAUUUUAAUAUAUUCAAUAAAAGUAAAUUAGAUCAUAUCGCAUUUCAAUGUAGUCCACAUCGAUCGGAUUGGUGUGAGAAUUGGUUAUCAACAAAUUGGUUAAAUUUAUUAUCAUUUACAUUGAAACAAGCUACUCAGUUGAGUCAAUUAAUUUAUCAAUAUUCAAUGAAACCAGUGAAUAAUUAUGAUGGAACAAUUAUAUUAUUAAGUGGACCAGAUAGUGGUCGUAAUUGGCAACCGAUUUUAAUGAGUCUUGUACAGAUAAUAUUAUCUUCAGAGAAUAGAACAAUUCAUGGUUUUGAAAAUUUAAUUGAACAAGAAUGGAUACGUUAUGGUUAUCCAUUUGUACCUGAUCCUACUGAUUGGCAUGAUGAUAAUCAUCAUCAUAAACAUAAUCAUAAUAAUACUAGUAAUAACAAUUCACCCAGUUGUGAUUAUGAUGAUGGUGUUAGUUUUGCAUUAUUCAUUGAUUGUGUUCAUCAAUUGUUAAUUCAAUUCCCAGCGGAAUUUGCAUUUACUGAGGAUUAUUUAGUUUUAUUAUUAGACAGUGCAUUAAGUCGAGGUGGUGGUACACCACCAUUCACUAUUGAAUUCUCAUGUUCAUGUGAAGCUGCAAGACAUGUGAAAACAAAAACUAUGACAAAAGAAGAAAUUAUUGAAAAAUCUAAUUAUUUUCAUGAUAUUAGUGCAUGGCGUUCAUUUCAUAAUUGGCAUGAUAUUUUAACUGAUAAUGGAUGUCAACUUCUGCUGAAUUGGUUAUAUUAUUGGCAAUAUAGUUCAGAUCCUGUAAAUACUAUAUCAAAUUAUACUAAACUAAUACAACAAUCUAUCAAUAAAUCUACACUCAGAACAACUACGACGAAUCCAAUUUUAUCACCAUCCUACUAUUAUUAUCCACGAUUUUGGUUACAUGCAUGGUAUCGAUGGAAUCGUUCAACACGUUUGACUAAUGGUGGCGGUUAUGCAUUCAAUGCUGCGUAUUAUAGAAAUUUAUUCGGUUCAUCAUGGAUUAUCAAUGAUCAUAAUAAUAAUAAUAAUAAUAAUAAUAAUAAUGAUAAUAAUAACAGUCAAGAACAACAACACAAAUUGAAAUCAAAACACCCGUUGAAAAUUAUACCAUCUACAAGUACUACUCCUUACACUGGUUGGUUAUCAGAUGAAUCAAUUAGAAAUGCAUUAGAUCAUCAGAAUUAUGCUAUAAAAUUUGAUCAAUUUUAUCAAAUUGUAUAUGAAUUAGCUAAGUUGUGGGAUAAUGAAUUCUGUGAUACAUAACAAUUGAAUUGAUUGAUAUUCAAUCAGUCAAUCAAUCAGCACCAAUCUCUCUCUCAAUCUCUCGCUCGAUUAUUAUUAUUAUUGUGCACAAAAUAAUCUCAUUCUUUUUUUUAAAAAAAAUAUUUUAUAAUAAUAUAUUCAUUUGGUUACUUUUCUUUUUGUUUGUUAAUAUUCCAUCUCAGAUGAUGAUGAUGAUGAUAACAUAAACAUAAACAAUUUGUUUUUGUAUUUUUUUUUAUUUUCUAUUUAUUUUUUAAUAAUAAUAAUUAUUAUUAUUAUUUAUAUCAAGUAAUCUCAUUGUUGAAAAAAAUAAAGUUUUUUACUAUUUUUAUUAUUAUUAUUAUUA